AUGCUCGUCCAUCGCUCCUCCAGACUAUACCCCGGCAGCAAUGCGGGACCGUCGCCCGAAGCCGUGCCUGUGGGGCCCACGGAAUCGACUCGACCGCGGCCGCAGCGCAACGCCUUCCUCCUCCACGAUUCCCUCUGUGGGGUGGAGCGGGGCGUCCUCGCCGUGUUCGGUGGUGGCUGGCUGCAAGUUGUCACCGUGAAAUUCCAAAGCACCAUUCCGAUCGCCUCGGCGCUGUCUCUCACUUUUGCGCAUUCUAUAUUCGUGCCGCUAGGAGCGGGCGGCGUCACUAACCGUACGGCGUCCCUUCCUUUCCUCUUGGGCGGCAACGGCUUCCUCGCUGACCCAAACCAGCCGUCAGCUACGGCAUUCGAACUCCAAGCUACGACGGCGUCCCCAAUCACCGACGUCCGCUCAAACGACAUCGCGUGUCAUGGAGGACCGAAUCCCAGCAUGUCGUCGAGCAAGAUCAUCCACGUCAAGGCUGGCGAGACUGUGAAGGCGAUUUUGGAGACACGCGUGGACAAAAUAGAUGCGCGCCACAAGGUCCGGCAACAUGCCAAUUCCAAGCAACGCACACCUGACGCAAAGAGGGACCUGUCAUGGCUGGCAUACGUGAAGAGAGUGACUGAUGCGACGGUGGAUGUCGGCCCACCGACCCCGGAAUCCUCAUCAAUAUCGACCAGACCUGGACGGGCUACCGUGUGGUGGGAGUGGCUGGACGGGCCCAACCGCGUGUGCGAGUGGAAGCUGCACGACCAGCAGCGCGUAGGUAUUACGGCCAGUGUCUGCCGUCAGAGCCGGGCACCACCUGUCCAUGUCACCAUCCAGAUGCAAUAUCUGGGGCUUCCUACUACGUACGUCGUCGUGAAGGGCUCCCGUGAUGCUCAGUGCUUCGCCGCUCCAGGGACCGGUACUUACUUACUGUACCGCCGUACACGCGAUGCAGAUGUCCGUCGGCUCUCCGCCCGAUUCCACCCCCGUCCCGUAGGUAGGCUUGAUCUCCUGCCCGUCAUGAUCAUCCACCCUGGUUAG